AAUAUUCCAAUCAAAUUCUCAUCUUCCCCUUUUCUUACUUUUUUGACCUUCAAAAUGCACAUUUUAGGCAGAUGGUUCUCUAAAAUCUACAUCUUUUCUCUGAGUGUCUCUUCAAGUUUAGUCUACGUCCAUUCAAAAGGUCCAUCCAGGUCAAUUUGUUGUUUGUCAGCUUGUUUGGUCAACAGUGUAACAAAAUGCCAAACCAGAUUCAAACUUCACGCUUUCUUGGCCUUCAUGCCCAAAAUCUGCCACCAAACAUACUGUAUUUUAGGACUUAAUUUCGAUUUUUAAUGUACAAGCUUGCCUUUUCCUGGGUGAAAGCCAAAAUAACUUGUGACUGGGACGGAAUCAAAUGUUGAUUGCGUCACCCUAAUUCCCCAUGUGACUUGCAUGAAAUAUAUUUUCAGUUGACUCAUAAAUUCAUGCUAGUCUCUUACACUCUUGCUAAUUGUUUUCGACUAAAGAUGUCAAAAUUGUUCAGAUUUUAAUCCUCGCCCUCUUGAAGGGCGUAUUUGCUCCUACUACAAAGAGUUUGCAUUAUUUGUUCUCGGCAACAAACAGCAAACUGACCUGGCACGGCCGAAGAAUGUCUAAAUGUGGGCAUAGCUAAUAUUAGAAGUGCCGUCACAAGAGAGGUGCCGGCCAUUCCGUGCAUAACUCCCUCCCAUCUCAGCACACGCAGAGAAGCAGUAACGGGGAGGGUUGGUCGGACUACGGACGGGAGAAACAUUUUGGACGGGUCAUUUAGUAGGGGGUGAAAGGCCAACAAAUGCGGGUGUUGAGCGUUCGCCGCUUGAAAUCAUACAUGCAAAAGAAACGGCAACAGCUGAAGCUAAAGCUAAAGGAGUUUCUAUGUAAGACUUGUCGGGAUCGUCAUGAGAGGAAGAGAGGAAAGAGCGUUCAAGACGACGAGGAGGGUCAUUUGAUAUAUCACCAUGGAGACUGGCUGCAAGCGAGAUAUGAGAUUGUUAGUACUUUAGGUGAAGGUACCUUCGGCAAAGUCGUGGAAUGUGUCGACCACCAAAGAGGGAGGAAAAGCAUAGCGCUGAAGAUAAUCAAGAACAUCGAGAAGUACCGAGAAGCAGCGAAGCUUGAGAUCAACGUGCUGGAGAAGCUGGCCGACAAGGAUCCCAGCAACAAAUUCCCUUUUGGUGAACAGGGGGACUGGUUUAGCACUAUGAUGGCCAAUGCCUCUCGGGAAUCCAGCCUAUGUGUGCAGAUGCUGGACUGGUUUGACUACCACGGACACAUGUGCAUCUCCUUCGAUAUGCUGGGACUAAGUGUCUUCGACUUCCUGAAAGAGAACAGCUACAUGCCCUACCCGCUACAUCAGGUUCGACACAUCGCCUAUCAGAUGUGCUACGCAGUCAAAUUUCUCCAUGACAACAAGAUAACCCACACCGACCUGAAGCCAGAGAACGUCCUCUUCGUAGACUCUUCAUAUGACAUGUUCUACAAUACAGAGAAGAAGAGAGAUGAGAGAUAUGUGAAGAAUACAGACAUCCGGCUGAUUGAUUUUGGUUCUGCCACGUUUGACUGGGAACACCACAGUACCAUCGUCUCCACCAGGCACUACAGAGCACCAGAGGUCAUUCUGGAGUUGGGCUGGGCCCAGCCGUGUGACGUCUGGUCCAUCGGUGCCAUCAUCUUUGAACUGUACCUGGGCUUCACCAUGUACCAGACACAUGACAACAGAGAGCACCUGGCUAUGAUGGAACGUAUCCUGGGACCAAUGCCCUCCAAACUAAUCAAGAAGACAAGGAAGCAGAAGUACUUCUACAAGUCCCGGUUAGACUGGGAUGAGUCCAGCUCGGCAGGAAGAUAUGUGAGGGAAAACUGCAAACCUCUACGGCGCUACAUGCUUGUGAACGACAAGGAACACGAGGAACUCUUCGACCUCAUCUCACAGAUGCUGACCUACGACCCCUCCAAACGCAUCACGCUAUCCGAGGCCCUCAGUCACCCCUUCUUCGCCCUCCUUCCGCCCGAGCAGCGCCUCGGCAGACGGGAACACUCGCACAGUCUCAGCAGAUGACAGGGCAAAGGUCAUAGUUCAAUGUUAGGGCAAAGGUCAUAGUUCAAUGUAAGCAAAGGUCAUAGUUCAAUGUCGGGACAAAGGUCGUAAUUCAAUGUCAGAACAAAUGUCAAAGUUCACUUUCAGGGCAAAGGUCAUAGUUCAAUGUCAUAGUUCACACUAGGCCGGUCAGAGGUGAACUGAAGUCUCGUGUAGGUAGUAUAUAUAGAUUGUCACAUUAUUUGUCACCUGUGUAAGCAUAAUGUAUCAAAACCAGGCCCACUUGCGGAUAUUCUUGAGAUUCCAGAAGGAAGAAACCUUGCAAUUUGGCAUGCUAACAUGAUAAAAGAUAUGAUAUUACGAUCACAUGUUCCAGAAAGACUAAAACAAACUUGUAGCAUAGCCUUCCAAGCAUGAUGACAAACAUCUCGAAGUCAUGUUGAUUUAUGCAUAUCUGCUAUUGUGGACAUCAGACAGACGAAUUCUAGGCCUUGAUACAACCGUCACAGUCUGCCAUGGGAACAAAGGUCAAUUUUUUUACGAUGAGUUCGUUUUGGUGUCCGCUAGUUAGUAUAUAAGGACGUUAGUGGACCAUUGUGGUAGUUGUUGUGCUCAUAUUCAUGUCAGUUUUGUAUAUGUCGGUACUUAUUGUCUCAAUCGUUGACAUUUCACAGAGUAUACGUGAUGUUGACGUGCAUGAGUGUGAAUUUGCUCGUCCUAAGAUAUAAUAGUAGGUAGCUAGUUUAAAGGAUGAAUGAUGUAAAUAAAGACCAAUAAUUGCUAUGUUUUGCAGAUACUGAAAAAUGAUAAUAAUGUAGAUGAGAAACACACUGGUGCAGCAUAGAUAAGUCGACAGAAUUCUACAGGACACGACGUGCAAGAAAAUGUAAAGCCACACAAUUGUAAAUUUUACUGUUUCGCUGAGUGUUACUUGUUACCGAAGUUAUCAUAAUUGGACGAGAGUCAUUUGUAUAUUUAUUGACUUCUGUGUCGUCGUGUUGGGAACAUUAUACGUUCAUAAAGUCAGUUUAACAUCGCUAAAUGUAAAGACUAUUUAUAGUGCCUUGAUACUGGCAUUCUGAAUUCAAAUGUUACCGUUUCAGAUGUGUGUGCAAUUGUGUUAGAAGGGAUCACUUUUUGUAGAGUAAUAACUUUUGGAAGCACUUCCAUAACCACUCGUUUCUUUUAGCAUUUUAAUUCAUUAGUACUUAUUGUACACAGAUUGUACACAAAUGCACAAGUAUUACAGGUGUUCAGUUGUUGAGGAAAAGUCAUGAAUUCUACUACAGUUUAGGGUUAUGGUUAGCAAAAGUCUAAAACAUGGGUAAUUUUUCUAUUUCAUCUUUAGAAAGAAUGCCAGCAAACUGCCAGUAAUUAUAAACGUCAAGUGAGCUGUCUGGGUACUUCAUUAUUUAUUAGCCAUCUUUGUAAGUUUAUUUUCACAAUGGCUAAACAUUCAUAAUCGCUGCUUAGCUCAUCACUUAAUAUUGUACAAAAGAUACCUAGAACUAAUGUACAAUCUUCAAUGACAAACGUGUAUUUGUAAGAAUGAUUAGUACUUCAUUUUCUGUUGAUAUUUAUUAAUGACGAACAUCAAAGGCUUUUCAUUGUACCUCAGUUCCAAGGGUUUGUGCAAAUGUAAACGAACAGCAUCAAAAGUGUAUCCAGCAUGUCGGUAGGUUUGUAGCGUACAUUACUGUAGGGAUGUCUUCCAAAUGUAUUCAUUAGCCUGUUGUAUGGGUAACAUAUGUCACAAUACACCUAAUGGUUUUGUAUAA